CGCCUGAGCUGCCCGCCCACCCAUAACUCAAACGAGUUGUAUGCUUCGUGCGCGUAGAACUUCAACUAGCGAGACUGAAAUACUAAGAGCGCCAGCAACAGCUAGCACAUCGGAUGGUGACAGACGCCACGCCAUGUACAAGAGAAAGAGACCCUAGAGAGAGAGAGAGAGCGCGCGUGAGAGAUAGACACGCAACCCAAAAAGAGAGAAUAAGUAAAUCCUAAGCAAACAACAAACGUCAGCGCUGAACAUCGAAAAUGGUGUUAAAUCUGCUUUUCAUCACGACUGUCAUUAAGUCGACAUUCGGUGUAGUUACCACUGGGCUGUGGCUAAUACCAUUGCUCUUGGCGGCAAUCACCUACUAUCGGUACGAUGCAGUGGAUCCGGAAUCACGGCCACUCGACCAGCUCAAUUUGUGGCCCGAGUACGAUUUCAUAGUCGUGGGCAGCGGCUCGGCAGGUGCGGUGGUGGCCAAUCGCUUGAGCGAGGUGCGUAAAUGGAAGGUGCUGCUCAUUGAGGCGGGGCCGGAUGAAAACGAGAUAUCGGAUGUGCCCUCGCUGGCCGCCUAUUUGCAGCUCAGCAAACUGGACUGGGCAUACAAGACGGAGCCCUCGACAAAGGCUUGCCUGGGCAUGCAGAACAAUCGCUGCAACUGGCCACGUGGACGCGUCUUGGGUGGCUCCUCCGUGCUGAACUAUAUGCUGUAUGUGCGCGGCAAUCGACACGACUACGACCAUUGGGCCGCACUUGGCAAUCCCGGCUGGGACUAUGAGCAGGUGCUACACUACUUUAAGAAAUCCGAGGACAAUCGCAAUCCCUAUCUGUCGAAGAGCGGCUAUCAUGGUCGUGGCGGGCUGUUAACUGUGCAGGAAUCGCCCUGGCAUACGCCACUGGUCGCUGCCUUCGUAGAGGCGGGCACACAGUUGGGCUACGACAAUCGGGACAUUAACGGGGCGCAGCAGGCGGGCUUUAUGAUUGCACAGGGCACCAUACGACGUGGCUCGCGCUGCUCCACAGCGAAGGCUUUCCUUCGCCCCAUACGGCAACGUCCCAACUUUCAUUUGUCCAUGAACUCCCAUGUGACCCGCGUCAUUAUCGAGCCGGGCACCAUGCGCGCCCAGGCCGUUGAGUUUGUGAAGCACGGCAAGGUGUAUCGCAUUGCGGCACGCCGGGAGGUCAUACUCUCAGCGGGUGCCAUCAACACGCCGCAGCUGAUGAUGCUCUCAGGUCUGGGACCGAGCAAGCAUCUGCAGCAGCAUGGCAUACGUGUGCUGCAAGACCUGCCCGUGGGCGAGAAUAUGCAAGAUCAUGUGGGCAUGGGCGGCCUCACAUUUCUCGUGGACAAGCCAGUGGCCAUUGUGCAGGAUCGCUUCAAUCCAACAGCUGUUACCUUUCAGUACGUGCUGCGCGAACGAGGACCCAUGACCACACUGGGCGGCGUCGAAGGUUUGGCCUUUGUGCACACUCCCUACUCCAAUCGCAGCAUCGAUUGGCCAGACAUACAAUUCCACAUGGCACCCGCCUCCAUUAACUCCGACAAUGGGGCACGAGUCAAGAAGGUAAUGGGCCUGAAGGAGUCCAUAUAUCAAGAGGUCUAUCAUCCCAUUGCAAACAAGGACAGUUGGACCAUAAUGCCGUUGCUGCUGCGGCCACGCUCGAGGGGCACAGUCCGUCUGCGGUCUGCAAAUCCCUUUCACUAUCCACUCAUCGAUGCCAAUUACUUCAAUGACCCGCUGGACGCCAAGACCCUGGUGGAGGGUGCCAAGAUAGCGCUGCGCGUCGCUGAGGCGGAGGUGUUCAAGCAAUUCGGCAGCCGACUCUGGCGCAAGCCUUUGCCCAACUGCAAACAGCACAAGUUUCUAUCGGAUGCCUACUUGGAGUGCCAGGUGCGCACUAUAUCCAUGACCAUCUAUCAUCCCUGUGGCACAGCCAAAAUGGGCCCCAGCUGGGACCCAGAGGCGGUCGUCGAUCCGCGCCUGCGCGUCUACGGAGUGCGCGGCCUGCGAGUCAUCGACGCGAGCAUUAUGCCCACAAUCAGCAGUGGCAACACGAAUGCCCCCGUCAUUAUGAUAGCCGAAAAGGGCGCCGAUCUCAUCAAGGAGGAUUGGCUCCACAAUCCCGAGUAUAAGGUCAAGCGACAGGACAGCCAGGGCUACACGCGCCAUGGCAAAUCGGACAAUCGGCUUAUCGAUUGUCCGUGCGAUGACAACCGUGACGCAGCACUUUCGGUUCACUAA